AUGAUAAUCAAAUGUGAAUACUGCCAUAAUGGAUGUGAAAGAAGUGACUAUAAAACUCAUAAGAACUACUGCUUUGAAAAUCCAUCGAAUAUUAAUCAAAGACAGACAACUGUAAUACCGAUCAGAUCGAAUCAAAACCAAGCAAGUUCGCAUGAUAUUGUUCAUAUUCCAUGUGAGAUUUGCCAACAGCUAAUUGAUUUACCUAAUUGGUCAAAUCAUAUUCAAGGUUGUCAUGAGCGAGAACUGCAGCGUUCAGAAAGAUAUCCCGAAGCCAUGAACCAACAAUCAGUUAUUGAACGCUUUCCGUGUGAAUAUUGUCAACGAUUAUAUUUAGCGCAACAACUUUAUGUACACAAAAUAAACUGUAUGAACAAUCCGGUUGAUAUAUACUUGCGACGUGGCUGUGUUCAACGACCAAAACCUUCAAAUAAUGGCUUUCUACCAAUCAGCCCACAAAAUAAUCAAAACAGCCCAAGUUCGCCUAAGCCUCGAUCUUCAAAUGAUUCUCGUUUUACUCAAUGCCAAAGUAUUGAUAUUGAUCGUGCAAACCAAGUCAAUAGGCCACCGGACAAUGAGAUAGAAAACUCUGUUCGGAGUGGUCGUAGUUAUGAAAACUUAUCGAUAGGAUCGAAUAAAGAUCCAUUACAGCUUCCAAGAAAAUUUUAUUCAAGUGGCAUUUCACGACGUGUAAGAUCAUUUGAUAACUUAGGAAGCAUCUAUGAUAGUAAAUAUUUAAGUAAUAACUAUGAGGAUUAUCUCAUACGGCCCAAUAACAAUCAUCAACAUCAAAAUAACAUUUCCCAUACAAAUGAAGUGAGUUAA